GAACAGCUGCGCCAGGCCAUCGAGGAAUUGUACUAUUUUGAAUUUGUGGUGGACGACUUGCCACUUCGUGGCUUUGUGGGCUACAUGGAGGAGAGUGGCUUCCUGCCUCACAGCCACAAGGUAGGACUCUGGACCCAUUUGGAUUUUCACCUGGAAUUCCACGGAGAUCGAAUUACAUUUGCCAGUGUCUCCGUGCGGGACGUCAAGCCCCACAGUUUAGAUGGGUUAGGACCUGAUGAGUUCCUGGGCCUCACCCACACGUACAGUGUGCGCUGGUCUGAGACCUCAGUGGAGCGCCGGAGUGACAGGCGCCGUGGUGAUGAUGGUGGUUUCUUCCCCCGAACACUGGAAAUCCAUUGGUUAUCCAUCAUUAAUUCCAUGGUGCUUGUGUUUUUACUGGUGGGUUUUGUGGCUGUCAUUCUCAUGCGUGUGCUUCGGAAUGACCUGGCUCGGUACAACUUGGAUGAGGAGACAACCUCCGCAGGUUCUGGUGAUGACUUUGACCAAGGUGACAAUGGCUGGAAAAUCAUCCAUACAGAUGUCUUCCGUUUCCCUCCGUACCGUGGUCUGCUCUGCGCUGUGCUUGGUGUGGGUGCCCAGUUCCUGGCCCUUGGC